AGUUUGUGCUUCCCAAAUCCCAUUUAACCAUUACCCAUCAUCUAAAAAUCUGUAAUUAUAUAAUAAGAACAAAAGAUUGGAAGGCCAACAUGAAUGCAGAAUGCACAAAUGUCACAAAAACCAGGCUGGGUAAUCACCAUGAACCCUUGCUAAAAAUAGCAAAAAGCGUAAGAAAAAGCAGAAGCCCACUAUUCUCUUUAACACUCCCCACCCAUUUCGUGAUUGCCGAGCGUCCAUCAGGCGCUAUUUUUCUUCGAUCUGCACAGAUAGCCACUGAAUAGUACUCACAGAAACCCAAAACCCUAGCAGCUAAUGAUGAAGGACCAACAAGGGGUUCCGUAUGUGAAACCCGAGGCGGCCUGUGGUUUGGUGGCAGCUGUAGAGGCUGAGCUUGGGCUUGUCACCGUUGGGGGGGACACGACCACCCGUCAUGGGUCGGAUCUGAUCGGGGCGACCCGUGACCUUGUUGCUGCUGUUACGAGUUUUGGGGUAGUCCACAGGAAGAAAAGGAUGCCCAGACAGAGACGAUCAUCCACCAGAAAACUCCUGUCUUUUGCUCCCUCCAGCUCCCAGUUGCCUCCAUCCCCACUCCAUAGCCUUCCCACUCUCCCUGCACGUGAAAUUGAUCCUAGGAGGUUGAGAUUCCUAUUUGAAAAGGAGCUUAAAAACAGUGAUGUAGGCUCUUUGAGGAGAAUGAUACUUCCAAAGAAAGCAGCAGAGACUCACCUCCCCAUCCUAGAGUCCAAGGAAGGGAUUUUUAUCAGCAUGGACGACUUGGAUGGCCUACAUGUAUGGAGUUUCAAGUACAGGUAUUGGCCUAAUAACAACAGCCGAAUGUAUGUACUAGAAAAUACUGGGGAUUUUGUCAAUACGCACGGCUUACAACUCGGAGACUAUAUCAUGAUUUACCUGGACGAUCAAAAUCAGAACUAUGUCAUUCGGGCUAAAAAGGCUUCUGAUGAUGAUGAUCAAGAUGUAUUUGCUGAUCACAUGAUAACCAGCAGGAAUAAUGGGGUGAAUGGCAAUUAUAUGGUUCUUAAUGACUAUGAGCCUAGUAAACAAGGUGGUAAUUCCUUUUAUGUGAAUUAUCCCAUGGUGGAUGAUACAAACAUGUCAUUUAUCUACGACACCACAAGCUUCUCAAACGAUUCACCGCUUGAUUUUUUGGGCGGUUCCUCGACCAACUACUCCAGAAUCGGAUCUUUGGAAGGCUUCGGAUCUGUUGAAAACUUAUCUUUGGAUGACUUCUAUUAAUACUGUACGUACGCGUGUCAUAACAAUAAUAUUAGAAAGCUCCCAACAUAUAUGGCAGUCAUCAUCAUGUCUGCACAUAUGCAGGAUCGAUCCUGAAAUACUAACGUUGAGGGCAACGUCUUCGAUCA